UUAGUGUUUGAAUCUGGUUUAUAAUUUAACCACAUUUUGCUUGUCGAUAUUACUAAGGCAUCGUAUAAUACUUCUUAGAAAACGUUUUCGUAUUUGAGACACUAGAGUUUCGUUUCUGUAAACUAUUCUGUGGCCUUUCUAUUUACGUUACAGAGUGUAUAAUCUAUAUAAUAUACUCUUUUGUAUGUCGAGUACUCUUCCUGUUCUGUGGUUGAAAGUACUUUGUGCUUGAGUUUAGUAUUUGCUAGUCAUAAUCAGUUAUUGGUCAUUAAGUCAGUGCUAGUAUGCGCUGGUAGCGAGGGAAAUCAAAUCUAACUUCCGAUAUUGCGUUUGGCAUUGUUGUAUGGUAUAAGACUUGUGAAAAUGGCUCUCUUGAAGAAUUUCGGGAGCUUGUCUAAUAAAUUAUUGAUGAAAAAUAAAUUUGUUUAUUCUAUUACUAGAAACUUACUCACUGAAGAACAAUUUCGUCAGAUAGAUGACGAUGUUAAACCCAGAGCUUUGAGAAAGUGGUUGCCAGGAUUAUAUCCAUUAACAGAAGAAGAGAGAGUGAAAGCUGCGGAAAAAUAUGGUUUACAUCGAUCCGAGUACAAACCUUAUCCUGAUGAUGAGUAUGGUGCAGGAGAUUAUCCAGACCUGCCAUGGAUAGGUGUAGAAGCAAAAGAUCCUUAUUAUCCAUGGGAUUUCCCUGCUUUAAGGAGGAAUUAUGAAGAACCUAUACAUAGGCACUUUGAUAUGAUGGGAGAAGAUCGGUUUGCUUAUGGUGUUCGAACACAAGUGAAUCAUUAUGUAGGUUCAGUUAUUUUUGUAACAGUUUUCCUUGGCUCUUUCGUUAUUUAUCAUUUUAUGCCAACAACUAAACCAUUUUUAGCAGAGAAACAGUAUCCAGGGCAAGGAAAGGUUCAUUAUACCUUUGAACCAGCGAAAUAGACAUAAUAACAGAAUGUAUAGUAACAAACAUGUAUAAUAAACAAAUUAAACAAAUA